GUAAGCUCUAAAUUGCUUGAGGACACGUCACGGCUGAGAUAUUUAUGCAUUAGUGCAAUACAUAAUCGGUAUUCAAAUUGUGUACUCAUUUGAUAAAUCCUCAAUAUCUAUGUGAAAAUAAGGGAUGUGUUUUGUAUGAUUGCAACACUGUACACUGUGAGUUGCUCUGAUUAGUGACAAAUGACUGAAACUAUAGGAAUUCUUACGUGAUUUGGAUAGACAAACAAACGACAGUAAGGUCGCACUUACGUAUCUUUAUAGAACAUCACUCUUUUCCGACACCUAUUACUGACCUUAUUCCUUCAGGUGUCGCCGAUGGUUACCUGUGGCGGAGUAGACUGACAGUGUUGUGGCUAGAUUUCCGUUGAAAUGAUACGUAUACUUCAAUUGUCGCUGAUUAUUGCUCUGGUACAGUAUGAGGGCUCACGUGUGCUCGGAGAUACAUGUUCCUGUCCAUCAUCGCUUGGUACCAGUAGUGCUGGGUUUUCCUCAGUGAGCUUUUCCAAACUUGACGAUAGUGAAGAUGUGGUAAAUCCUGGCCGCGGAAUGUAUAUGAUGGUCGAAGCAUUUACUUCGAAAUUCAGUCCACUCAAGUCGGAUGCAUUGAACAGCAGUUAUAACAUUGUGUUACGUCUGUACUACCUGGACACGUAUAUCACGGGAGAUUUAGACAGCGAUUUCCUGUCCAAGGUCAGGGCCGAUCUUGCAAUGGCGCAGUCAAGAGGGUGGACAGUAAUUCUGCGGUUUGCUUACACUAGGACCUGUUCAACGCACGACGCAAGUCUGAGUCAGAUGCUCCAACAUAUUCAGUAUUUAGACAGACAUAACGUGUUUCGCGAUUACGGUGGAGUGAUAGCAGCAAUACAGGCUGGCUUUAUUGGAAAAUGGGGAGAGUGGCACUAUUGGGAUGAGAAUGGUAAUUGUCCUAACAAAGAUUUUGGCUCGCCUAGUGGGUGCAGCUCUACAUUUGACCUCACACCUGACCAAUGGAGUGCCAGAAAACAAAUCUUACAGGCACUGCUAGACGCCAGUCCUAAAUCUGUAGAUAUACAGGUGCGAAUUCCUGCUUACAAGUAUCAUGAGUUUGGUAAGACCGCGACAACUUUAGCAGACGACCAGGCAGAAACGGAUGCUUCUAGAAUAAGUUACCAUAACGAUGCGUUACUAUCUGGUCCGGGAAAUCAAGGCACUUUCCCGUGUGAUGGCGAUGCCACAUUCAUGGCUGACGAUUCAACGUAUACCGUCGUAACUGGGGAAACUAACGAUCCUAGCCAUACCAGCUAUUACGAGUGCAGCAAAGCAAAAGCGGACCUGGCGAAGUUUCAUUACUCAACUGUACAUGCCUCAUACGAACCUCAAGUGAUAUCAUAUUGGCAACGUCACGGUUGUUUUAACGAGAUAGCUGCGAGACUCGGAUACAGAUUAUAUUUGACAAAUGCAAUUCUCCCUGAUAGCGCUCAGAGUAGCGGACAGUUCUGUUACAAGAUUACGCUACAUAACAAUGGCUAUGCCGCACCGUAUAAACCGCUCGAAGCUAGGAUUGUACUGCAAAACACGGGCGAUGGAUCCCAGCACAAUCUCAACAUUCCGAAUGUGGAUGUUAGAACAUGGCAGCCGGGGAAAGAUAUACAUCUCAGUGGUUCUAUAACGAUACCUUCCAAUCUGCAUGGAAAUUUUAAGACGUAUCUUGUUUUGGCGCACGAGACAAUGCGGACAAAUUCCAAGUAUUAUGUAUUGUUGGCGAACAAAAAUGGUGUUCGGCAUACAUCGUCACGUAUGAACGACCUUCAGCAUACUGUGUCCAUUUCCGCUGGAACAUGUAGUGGUACUUCCGGUUCUGGUACCUCCUCCUCGACCUGCCACUCGCUGCAUUUAAGUGACGGCUCCUUUGAGAAUAGUGCACACGGAUGGAAGCUCUAUUCGCAUGGUUUUACUGUACAAUCGGAUAAUCAUGCAGAAGAUGGACGCAAAAUCAUUCAUAUAACAAAUGGAGGUGCUCUACAGACUAUAGAUUUCUCGAGGGCGCCAGUGUAUGAGUUCAGACUAAGCGGUUAUAGCCGACAUAACUCUGCAGCUCAUGUUUCAGACCCGACUGACUAUAGCAUAUAUUGUGACCUUGUGCACACUGACGGCAAAGAAACGUACGGACAGACAAGUAAUUUUGAUUCCUCAUCCACACCGAAUGUCUGGCACUUUAAGGAAUUACACGUUCAUACUAGCAAGUUGAUCAGAGAGGCUACGUGUUAUGCUAUGUUCAGGAAUAGUCAAGGAUAUGCGGAAUUUGAUCACUUUAAACUCAACACGUGUUCAGGUGAAAGCUGUGCAUAUCAGACACUUGACGGAUCGUUUGAGGUUGGAGAUGGGUGGGAGAAUUACCACGAUGGCUUUACAAGAACACACAGCCACAGCAGUGCUGAAAGUGGUAACUACUAUAUCACUGUUACAAAUGGUGGUGCAUCCCAGUAUAUCGACUUUGACAGCGGAACCGUUACAAGAUUCACACUUAGCGGAUACAGCAGAGCUCAUUCGGUGUCCGGUAUUUCUGGGAGUGAUUAUUCCAUUUACUGUGACUUGACACACCCGGGCCAUACAAAUACAUGGGGUGAACACGCCAACUUUGACCCGACGAAAUCAUCAUGGCAUAAAGCUGUUUUACAAGUGGUUUCACAGAAGGUUAUAUCGGGUGCUAGAUGUUAUGCCAUGUUCCGCAACGGACACGGGAAAGCUGACUUUGACAACUUUCAACUGGAAUUUUGUGCAUAAACAGUCAAGCAGAAAUAUAUUACUUGUUUAAUAUGUGAAGGUUUUGUGCAAAAGCACAUUGUAAUUGAAUUAUGUAUAUAUAUAAUUAUAAAACAACUGACAAAGCAAAAUUGAAGAACGGUUUCGACUAUACACAUCCUGUGCGAAAAAAGGACCUGUUUUACAGCUGUUAAACGUCUGUAAAAGACCUGUAUUUUUAAAUUACAACUGUAAAAGACCUGUAAGUGUAAAACUGAUCAGAAAUACAGUUAAAAUUUUCAGGUGUAAAAUAUGAAGGUCUCAAUUUACAGCUGUAAAAAAAAUACUGUUGAAAGUUACAGCUGUAAAAUGGUCAUGUCUCAAAAUUACAGCUGUAACAUUUUUGGAGGGAAACAUGAGUAUUGUCAGCCAUCUUUAAUGCAUUUUGGCGGGAUAUAACUGAAAUUCACACAGACAUCACAUCUUGUAAAAUUUUGGAAUUUAAAGCGGUAUAGAGUAAGUACAGAUGUUUAAUCAUCUAUUAUAGUUGUAAAAGGACAUGUAUAAGUACAUACAUUGACAAUUUACUCUUUACUGGAAGCCGAAGUUUAAAAGAAAUAAUUACAAGAUUGUCAUAUGUUUUCAUGACUGACAAAGAAAGUUUUAUAAACAAGA